AUGGUGCAGAUUGAAGGGGAAGAUAGGAUUAGUGCACUCUCAGAUACACUUCUUUGUAUUAUUCUCUCUUUUCUACAUACAGAUGCGUCUGUUAGAACCAGUGUAUUGUCCAAGAGAUGGAGAUAUGUUUGGACAAAAGUCCCUGUCCUCGAUUUUGCUCUCGUAGAUUCAUCAAACAAGUCAUCUUUCAUAACUUUUGUGUACAAGGCCUUGGUCCUUAAUGAUGCACCUGAGCUAAAACUCUUUCGCUUGAGUAAUGUUGGCGCAGUCGAAGAUUUUCAUGUUCAUUCAUGGAUUUGGUCUAUGUUGAGACGCAAUGUGUUGGAGGUUGGUCUUUGUUCUAUCGACAGAGAGACUAAGCUCGCUGAAGGGCUGUUUGUGAGUGAGAAACUCAGGGUUUUGAAGUUAACUGGAAAAUUUAUUCUUCCUGUUAGUGCUCUGUAUUUUAAGCUUCCAAACCUUGAGAUCCUCCACCUUUCGGGGGUCAUACUUGAGGAUAGUCUAUUGGAUAUACCUUCGGUCUUCCCUCGUCUUAGAGAACUUGCACUUCGUAAUUGGUCAGUAAUGAAGAUCCUAAACAUUCAUUCAGCUUCUUUGAGGGUGCUAAAAAUCAUGUAUUUUAAGCUAACAACAGAAAUACAGGAUAUAGUCAUCGAAGCACCUAAUCUCGAAUACCUAUCUCUUUCUGAUAACUUUUCAUUCUAUGACAUCAAGGAUGUUUCCUCAUUGAUUGAAGCUAAGAUUAAUGUUUGCAAACAAAAUUGUGGAAUGCUUGAGCUUCUCUGCCAUAUUUCAGGCUUAAAGACUUUGCUAUUGUCCAUAGCAACAAUUUAUCAGGCUCUUGCAAACGUGUACCCUCACCAGUUGCCAGUGUUUCACAACUUGACCUGUUUAGAGCUAGCAGACGUAUGGAUUUUGCAGGAUGAUUGGACGGAGUACUGGAACCCAUACCCAUAUUCAACACCUAAUUGUUUAUCAAGUACUCUGAAGGUUAUCAAAUUUUACGACUUUUGUGGGGCUGAAGGACAAGUGACUAUGGGAGAAUAUUUCUUGAGAACAGCGGGAAGGUUGAGGGUGAUGAAGAUCCACACAGUUCAUCGAGAUGCAGAGGAUGAAAUGAGCGCCUUGCUAAGGCUAUUCAAGGUUCCAAGGGUCUCGAGCAUGUGUGAAUUCACUAUAUGCAUCCCAGGGAAAACUCAGUUUUAA